CUAGGCAUAGAGAUUUGCGUUUUUCAGUCGGUGCAAAAUUAAUUAAGCAAUAAUUGCGCGCGCACUGCGGUUAACGCGCACUCCCUCUCUCUCCCUCUCUCUCUCUACCGGGGAAAGGAGCGCGCGUGGAGUGAUGACACUCAGCCACAGUGCUGAGGCGCGCGUGCCUCUCUGCUGCAUCAUAUUCCUCCUGGUGGAGUUUUAAAACAUCCGCUUAUUAACAGAGGAACAGAGGGAUAGGAUUGUUCUUCCUAGAAUAGUUAUAAUAAAAAAUAUAUAUAUUUCAAUGAACAAAUAAAAUGCCUACAGUUGCAGAAUCAUCAUUUAGUGGAAUUCGGCGGAUUUUUCUCUGAAGCGCGCGCGGGAGGUGCCGGAAAAAAGGCGCAAGGCACGAGCGAAACAUUUUGGGAAGUUUGUGAAAUUUACAGGAUUUUUUUUGUGUGUGUGUGCGCAAGAUGCCGCGUAACUCCGCGGCCCUGUGGCUCGGCGUGCUGGCGCUGGUGGCGCUGACAGCCGCGCAGAACGACACGGAGCCCAUUGUGCUGGAGGGGAAAUGCCUGGUGGUGUGCGACUCGAACCCGGCUUCGGACGCCAAAGGCUCCUCGUCUCCGCUCGGCAUCUCGGUGCGCGCCGCCAACUCCAAGGUGGCGUUUUCAGCCGUGAGGAGCAACAACCACGAGCCGUCAGAGAUGAGCAACAAAACGCGCAUCAUCUACUUCGACCAAGUUCUUGUCAACAUAGGAAACUAUUUCACAUUGGACUCUGUAUUUCUGUCCCCUCGCAAAGGCAUCUACAGCUUCAACUUUCAUGUUAUUAAAGUAUAUCAGAGCCAAACUAUACAGGUGAACUUGAUGUUAAAUGGAAAGCCAGUCAUCUCUGCCUUUGCAGGUGACAAAGACGUGACACGAGAGGCUGCUACCAAUGGCGUUCUCCUCUACCUGGACAAGGAGGACAAAGUUUACCUGAAACUAGAGAAGGGAAAUCUAGUGGGUGGGUGGCAGUAUUCCACCUUCUCUGGAUUCCUCGUUUUUCCUCUGUGAAAAAGAGGGCGUGACUGCCAGCUUUUCCACACGCCAACAACAUAACGCCAUUGUUUAAGCGAUCUGUCAGCAUCAACAAGAAGGGCCUGGACUGGAGGAAUUCCUCCAAAUGCUCAUUCAUUCACUGUUUGCCCAAAGUGUGAAAAGGACCUUUGGAGAAAUAUCGUUGUGGCAUGUGUGUUCCUGUUUUCAUGAUGCAAAGACACAUCUAGGGACCUGCUGCGAGUCUUUGUUGCCUUCAUACAGUAUAUUUAACAAAUUCAACCGAAGUAUUUAAUGUCUUUCAAAGCAGUGGAUUUUUCUUACCAUGCGUCAAAUAUUAGUCACUUUUCUGAUGUCUGUAGGGUCAAUCAAUGUCAUUUGUAUCUGAUCACGCAUUAACUGUUUGAUAUGAUAGCACUUUUCUUUGAAGAAUUCCGAAGGUACACGAUUUCCUUUAGUGCUUACACAUCAUAGGGAGCUUUAGGAUAAAUGAUUAAGAAUGUACACCUAAACUCACCUAAACCUCAACUCAAUAAAUAUGGGGUGACUAAACUGGAACCUUUGAAGAUCUCAUUUCCUACAUA